AAAAACAAAGAUAGCAAGUGCAAUUGGCAAACUGUUGGAGAUGCUCUUAACGCGCGAUAGUAGCAAUCAUUCAAAUAGCCACUCUGAAACUAAUUCAGAAAUGCUAUAGGACACAUGUGUGUUUUGUGGUUUGUUGGCACAUGAAUUUUAUAGCCCGCUGGAUGAAGACUGGAGCGCCAGAUUUGGUCUGAACUGUUCUGGUUGUUUUGUCUCGCUGACGUGCAGAGCCCACUCAAACGUUACUAUUUGAAAUGGGGAGUCGCGCCUGUCUGUUUCUGGCUAUCCCACUUUCCCCAUCUUCUGGAUAUCCCACUUUGCCCAGCAACACUCGAGUGGAAGGGGUUCGUCCUCGGCGAUUUCACCGGCACCCUCGCAGCGCCCCCAUCUCUUCCUCGACGACGCCAAGGAAGGAGGUGGAGCGCAGCUACCUCCGCUAGGGUUUCCAUCUUCUCGGUGGAGGCGCCGCGCCUCUGUGACGCGGACCCUGCCAGCCAGCUGCUCGGUGCCCGUGCGGCCGUGCGGACGGCCGGCAUUGGCGCGCAGCACGCUGCUGCAGGCUGGUGUGACGGGCGGCUGGGCGACGCGAAACAGAUCCCCGUCGGCCUGGAGGCUCGCUGCGUGCAGCAGGACAGGGAGUCAGGGACAGCAGAUUUAUCAGAAGCUAGCAUCUCGAUGCAGAUCAAUCUUGGUAAACGGGCUAUAAAGAGUGCAACAAUCCUGGGUCAAACCCCACUUCCAAGGAUCUCAUGAACCAAGCGUCUCGUGACCAAGAGAUUGGGUACCACCUAAUAAGAUCAGGGGACGACGCUAGAGGACACUCGGCAACAGAGCGGCACAAAUCAGAUUACUUUUCUGCAUUCUUUACUUCAAGGUCUAGAAUGUUGCCCAUGUAUAAUUCUUCAGCUAAUCCCGCACAACUUAUAUUUUGAUGGUGGAUCAGUAUGUGUGUAUGACUCAGUGCUACCAGGAAAGAUUUGGCUAAUGAUUGAUAGAGAGAUGGUGAUGCAAAUGUUAUGCAAUCUGGGGAGCUUGGGCUGGACUCCGGAGCCUGAAUUAUUGGUGGUGCUGGCUGGUGCUGCUACAGGGGCCUAGACGGAAGAUGUGGGCGUGCAGGUGGCAGGGGAGCAUAUGUUGUGGUGUUUACUAUCCCAAUAUUGACUUGGAGGGAAAUGUGUGCCUGAACAUUUUGCGUGAAGAUUGGAAGCCUGUCCUGAACAUCAACACCAUUGUAGAAAUUGAUUUACCAGAGAAAUUGAUUGAAAAGAUUGGUGUACUAACCUUACCUGAUGAGACAAAAGGACCGCUACUGAUGGAUCGUUGGUGAGAAAAUCAAACGUUAGACCAAUGAUGGCAAGCAAAUAUCAAUCGUGGUGCACGACGCUUUAGCAUGUGCGCAGAAAAGCCAUUCGACGUUUGCGAGUGACAAAAGGACCGCUACUGAUGGAUCGUUGGUGAGAAAAUCAAACGUUGGACCAAUGAUGGCAAGCAAAUAUCGAUCGUGGAGCACGACGCUUUAGCAUGUGCGCAUAUUCAAGACUAUGGCGGCGUGGUGAUGGUUCCGGCAGCGGCGCUGAUGCUAGUUCUGCAGCUCUUUUCCUUGGCUUCAGCAGCUCAGUCCGGAAACGUAGGCCCGCCGCCGACCUGCCCAUCCAGCUGCGGCAACCUGAGCGUGCCGUAUCCAUUCGGCAUCGGCGCCAGCUGCUCCCUCCCUGGCUUCAACCUCACCUGCGACCGAACGCGCCACCCGCCGCGGCUGCUGGUCGGAGAUGGCGCCCUCCAGAUCGUGGAGAUCUCUCUGGCCAACUCCACGGUCCGGGCCCUGUACACAGCGGGCGCCGUUAACAUCAACUUCAGCACAUCGGCCACAUCCGUCGACGGCAGCGGCACCUGGAGCGGCGGCCUCGGCGCUGCCAGUGACAGCCCGUACGUGGUCUCAGAGUGGCGCAACCAGUUGGUUGUCACAGGGUGCAACGUUCAGGGGACGCUGCUCGGGGGCAGCGGCAACGUCAUCACCGGCUGCUCCUCCUUCUGCUCCAUCGACGACAAGUGGACCGGCGCCGUGGUAACCACCCCUGACGAGGGCGCCACCGCGUGCUCCGGCAUCCGCUGCUGCGAGACGCCCAUCCCCAUUGGCCGCCCGUCCUACAACGUCCAGUUCAAGUACCUGGACGUUGAGAACACGGGUUUGCUACCUGUGGCAGUGCGCAUCGCCGAGCAUGGUUGGUUUGACAGUGUCGCCGCGCAAAUGCUGAACAACUCAGUGAGGGAUUCCACGCUCGGGACGCCGGUUCCAGUGGUACUGGACUGGGCGGUGGCGUCGACCCCAAUAGUCCCGGGAACGCCUGCUGCGGAUGCCGCCGGCAACUCGUCCUGCCCCUCGGACGCGGCGAGGAGCGCCUGCCGCGGCAGCCACAGCGCCUGCCAUAACGUCACCAACAACUACCGGACUGGCUACGUGUGCCGCUGCCAGAACGGCUACGACGGCAACCCCUACCUGUCCAGCGGAUGCCAAGAUAUCAAUGAGUGCGAAGUCCCGGGGAAUUGUUUCGGUAUAUGUACAAACACGGACGGAUCGUACGAGUGCCGGUGCCCACGCGGUGCUAGUGGUAACCCAUACGUGGAACAUGGCUGCAUCAAAUCUUCUCUAGGGCUGAGUAUUGGCCUUGGAGUUGGCAGCGGGGCAGGUCUUUUGGUGCUGGUACUCGGUGCUGUCUUUGUGACUCGUAGGAUUAAGCAUCGCAGGGCAAGAAUGCUGAAGCAGAAGUUCUUCAAGCAGAACCGUGGACAUUUGUUGCAACAAUUGGUGUCUCAAAAGGCUGAUAUCGCUGAGAAGAUGAUCAUCCCCUUGAUAGAGCUGGAAAAAGCCACAAAUAAUUUUGACAAAGCUCGUGAGCUUGGCGGAGGUGGACAUGGUACUGUCUACAAGGGCAUUCUAUCUGACCAGCAUGUUGUCGCAAUAAAAAAGUCAAAAGUGGCAAUCCAAAGAGAGAUUGAUGAGUUUAUUAAUGAGGUAGCUAUUCUCUCUCAAAUCAAUCAUCGAAAUGUCGUAAAACUCUUUGGAUGUUGCCUUGAGACACAAGUGCCACUAUUGGUUUACGAAUUCAUUCCAAAUGGUACUCUUUAUGAUCAUCUUCAUGUUGAAGGACCAGCAACAUUAUCAUGGGAGUGUAGGCUGAGAAUUGCAACGGAAACCGCUAGAGCACUAGCCUACCUUCACAUGGCUGUGUCAUUCCCUAUAAUCCACAGAGAUAUCAAGUCCCAUAAUAUUCUUUUAGAUGGCUCAAUGAUAGCAAAAGUGUCCGAUUUCGGAGCUUCAAGAUGCAUUCCCACGUACAACACUGGGAUUUCAACUGCUAUCCAAGGAACAUUUGGAUACUUAGAUCCUAUGUACUACUACACUGGAAGACUCACUGAGAAGAGUGAUGUUUUUAGCUUUGGCGUUGUUCUUAUAGAGCUGCUGACUAGGAAAAAGCCCUACUCCUAUAGAUCACCUAAGGAUGAUGGUCUUGUUGCACAUUUCACGGCAUUGCUCUCGGAAGGCAAUUUGGUCCAUGUACUUGAUCCUCAGGUCAUAGAAGAGGCAGGUGAACAAGUGGGGGAAGUAGCUGCAAUAGCAGCAUCAUGUGUCAAAAUGAAAGCAGAGGAUCGACCGACCAUGAGACAGGUGGAGAUGACCCUUGAAAGCAUUCAAGCACCCGUACAAAACGUUGUGCAACGUACAGGUACAAGGAUAUGUGAUGAGAAACAGAAGGCUGUCAUGUAUCCAUUAGUGGAGGGUACAAGCAAGCAGGAGUCAAGUAGACAGUAUAGUCUUGAAGAAGAGUACCUCUUGUCAGCAAGAUACCCGCGAUAGUGUUUCAUGCCUUUUAUCUUUUUCUAGUUUGAAGAUCUUUGCAAUAUUCAUUUUUAACACACUAUCUUUAGUUGGCAUUUACGUAUA